AUGAAUAAACCUCCAUUUUCUCUCUCGCCCUUUGGCUGCUUCCUUUUGUUCUGCUUCUCUUUCUUCUUCUUCUUCUCCUCCUCCGUCGUCUUAGCACUCACCGACGCAGAAGCCUCAUUCAUUGCACAACGACAGCUCCUGACAUUACCCGAAAAUGGCGACCUUCCCGAAGAUAUUGAAUAUGAAGUUGAUCUACAGGUGACAUUUGCCAACAACAGGCUUAAGAGAGCGUAUAUCGCUCUCCAAGCCUGGAAGAAAGCGGUCUUUUCAGAUCCGUUUAACACCACCGGGAACUGGCACGGCCCGCACGUUUGUGGCUACACAGGCGUGUUCUGUGCCCCGGCUCUUGAUGACCCUAGUGUCGCGGUUGUUGCGGGUGUAGAUUUGAAUGGUGCGGAUAUCGCGGGGCAUUUGCCGGUUGAGCUUGGUUUGAUGACGGAUGUGGCCAUGUUCCAUCUCAAUUCAAACCGUUUUUGUGGCAUCAUUCCAAAAAGUGUGGACAGGUUGAAGCUAAUGCACGAGUUCGAUGUCAGCAACAACCGGUUCGUCGGACCUUUCCCUUCCGUUGUCCUGUCCUGGCCGGCCGUUAAGUAUAUCGACCUAAGAUACAACGAUUUCGAAGGUGAAGUCCCUCCUCAUCUUUUCAAGAAGGAUCUUGAUGCCAUUUUCUUGAACAACAACAGAUUCACUUCCACCAUUCCUGAAUCACUCGGAGAAUCUUCAGCCUCUGUUGUGACAUUCGCUCACAACAAAUUCCACGGUUGUAUCCCUAAAAGUAUUGGAAACAUGAAGAAUCUCAACGAGAUUAUCUUUAAGGACAACAGUCUCGGUGGUUGUUUCCCGUCAGAGAUCGGAAAGCUAGCAAAUGUGAAUGUUUUCGAUGCAAGCAUGAACUCCUUCACCGGUGUUCUACCACCGAGCUUUGUUGGGCUUACCGGUGUCGAAGAGUUUGAUGUCUCUGGGAAUAAACUCACCGGAUUUAUGCCGGAGAAUAUUUGCAAGUUGCCUAAAUUGGUUAACUUAACAUAUGCUUACAAUUUCUUCAAUGGACAAGGAGAUUCAUGUGUCCCCGGGAGUCGAAAAGAGAUUGCAUUGGAUGAUACACUUAACUGCUUACCGGAUAGGCCUAAGCAACGGUCGGCUAAAGAAUGUGUGGUCGUGAUUAAUCGUCCUGUCGAUUGUAGUAAAGACAAGUGUGCUGGUGGUUCUAGCCCCUCUACGCCGUCAAAGUCAAAGCCGCCGUCAGUUACACCAACUCGGCCGGUUCAUAAACCACAACCACCUAAAGAGUCACCUAAACCACAAAUACCGAAAGAGUCACCUAAACCACAAAUACCCAAAGAGUCACCAAAACCACAACCACCGAAAGAGUCACCUAAACCAAGUGAUCCAUCUGAUCAGUCUCCAGUGAAGUUCAGGCGUAGUCCACCUCCGCCACAACAACCACAUCGCCCGGUGGUUUCUUCUCCUCCUCCUUCGCCACCGGUACAUUCACCACCACCACCUGUACAUUCUCCUCCACCACCAGUCCAUUCACCACCACCACCAGUGCAUUCUCCUCCACCGCCUGUCCACUCACCACCACCACCGGUACAUUCUCCUCCGCCCCCAGUCCACUCACCACCACCACCAGUACAUUCUCCUCCGCCACCAGUCCACUCACCACCACCACCAGUCCACUCACCACCACCACCGGUACAUUCUCCCCCACCGCCGGUCUAUUCACCUCCCCCACCCGUUUAUUCCCCACCACCGCCACCAGUCCAUUCACCGCCACCACCAGUUUAUUCUCCACCACCGCCAGUAUACUCUCCACCGCCUCCACCACCUGUCCAAUCUCCUCCACCACCAGUUAACUCCCCACCACCACCGGUAUAUUCUCCUCCACCCCCACCAGUCCAUUCACCACCACCACCGGUACAUUCUCCUCCACCGCCUGUCCACUCACCACCACCACCGGUUCAUUCUCCCCCACCACCAUCGCCAAUCUACUCUCCUCCACCGCCCGUACCCUCCACACCACCACAAACACCGGUUAACUCUCCUCCACCACAAGCACCAACACGGACGGUAGAAGCACCACCUCCAAGUGAAGAAUUCGUCAUACCAAAAUUCAUCGGCCACCAAUAUGCGUCGCCACCACCUCCAAUGUUUGCCGGAUACUAA